UGCCUUCUUCGUUCCGUAAAGUUGUAGUUGUGUAAUACUGCUUUUUCCACUGGUUUCUUCCUUAUUGAGAAUUGCUUUUUCUGAUAUGAGGGAGGGUUUAGGUUAAGUUGUUUUUUUCUUGAGUGUUGAGCUACCUUUAAUCUCAGUUGAUUGAUUGAUGAAUAUGUAAGGGCAUGGAAGUUGGUGCUAAUUUGGUGUCACAUGGUUACUGAUUGGGGGUUCGAAUUCAUGAUUUACCACCAUUUUCUUGAGUCUCUCCACACUUCAUUGGUCCAAAAAGAUUUGUCUGAGUAACGUGGAUUCUUGAUCUUGAUUUAUGAAAGGGAACCUGUGGUUUUGUUCUUUAUCUUCGUGAUAAAAGUAAAGACGAUAACUAAUGAGGAAGUUUGGUGGUAUCGGCGUUUUGAGCACGUGGGAUGGUAGCAGUAUUUGAGAAGAGUAUAUCGAGCAUCUUCUUUACUUAUUGGUCGUUUUGUUGGCUUAAUCCUGUUCGAACCAUUUCCUACUCUUGGCAUUUUUGCCUCUGCAACCAAGCAAACUAGUGAUCCUCUUCUUCGGGUUUUCGUUCUUUUCGAAAGAUCAAGCUCUCUUGCCAUACAUUGUUCCGCACGUGGCAUUAGCCCCUUAAUACUUUGUGCCCACUCUUAAGUCCUCUAUAAGUGGUGCCGUUUAGAUAUUUAGUUCUGAUUCCUGGGUUUGCCCUUUCAACUUCUGCAAUUUGCUGCGGUUUGUGUUAUUGAAUUGGGGAUUGCUGGGUUAACUAUAGGAGACAGUGUUUUAUAUUUUGGAGGUGAGAGUACAUUGUACCUGCCAAAAUGAAGUUUAUGAAACUUGGAUCAAAACCCGACCAGUUUCAGACUGAUGGAGACACUAUCAGGUAUGUAGCAACAGAAUUGGCUACUGACAUGGUUGUUAGUGUGGGGGAUGUCAAGUUUUAUGUUCAUAAGUUUCCUCUCCUCUCCAAGAGUUCUCAGCUUCAGAAGCUUGUCACCACUGCAGGCAAUGACAACAACGAUGAAAUUGACAUCCAUGAUAUUCCGGGUGGACCUGCAGCAUUUGAAGUAUGCGCUAAGUUCUGUUAUGGAAUGGUAGUAACACUCAAUGCUUACAAUGUCGUAGCAGCACGCUGUGCAGCUGAGUACCUGGAAAUGUACGAGACUGUUGAGAAAGGAAAUCUAAUAUACAAGAUUGACAUUUUCCUCACUUCUAGCAUUUUUCGGAGUUGGAAAGACUCUAUAAUUGUACUUCAAACGACAAAAUCUCUUCUUCCUUGGUCGGAAGAAUUGAAGAUUGUCAGCCACUGCCUAGACUCUAUUGCCACCAGAGCCUCCACUGAUCCUUCGAAAGUAGACUGGUCAUACACUUAUAACCGUAAGAAGCUCGUAUCUGAGAAUGAGCAUGAGGAAAAAUGGAAUGGUGUGAAGAAACUACAGACAGUGCCGAACGACUGGUGGGUGGAAGACCUGUGUGACCUUCAAAUUGAUUUAUACAAGAGGGUUAUUAUAACAAUAAGAGCCAAAGGGAAAAUGUCCACAGAUGUUGUAGGAGAAUCAUUGAAGGCGUAUGCUUUAAGAAGGCUUCCUGUUUUUAGCAAAAACACCUUACAAGGAAGUGAUCAUCUGAAGUACCGUUACUUGGUAGAUGCAAUCACAUCUUUGCUGCCAAAGGAGAAAAGUUCCAUACCUUGUGAUUUUCUGCUGAAGUUAUUACAGGCAUCCAUAAUGUUAGAUUGUGAUGAGUUGGGAAGAAGGAUGCUUAUGCUGAAAAUUGCUCAACAGCUCGAUGAGGUAACUGUUUCUGAUCUGAUGAUCCGCUCCUCAACUGGUGAAACAGCCCGUUGUAACAUAGAUGUCGUACAUGAGUUGGUUGAGCAGUUCGUGAUGCAAGAACAUAGCAUCCAGACUGGUUGCCCCGAUGAUCAUGAGUUCAGGGAGAUAUGUCCUGGAUUUAUUUCAGAUUCUUCCAAGGCUAAGGUGGCUAGAAUGGUUGAUGGUUAUAUGGCUGAAGCAGCCAGAGAUGUUUCAUUGCCUCUGUCCAAAUUUGUUGAUCUGGCUGAAAUGGUCUCUACCUUUCCAAGAUCGAGUCAUGACGGGAUUUACCGCGCUAUUGACAUGUACCUCAAGGAACACCCUGGGUUGACGAAGAGUGAAAAAAAGAGAAUUUGUCGGUUGAUGGACUGCAGGAAGCUUUCAGCUGAUGCAUGUGCACACGCUAUACAGAAUGAGAGGCUUCCAUUGCGGGUGGUUGUGCAAGUUCUUUUCUUUGAGCAAGCCAGAGCUACAGCAGCUACUGGGAACAACACUCCUGAUCUCCCUGGCUCUGUUAGGGCUAUGCUUCCACGAGGGUCUUGUGGGAGCUCCAGAUCUGCAACUACCAACUCGGAUGAGGAUUGGGACGGAGACCAGACAUCUGAGGAGCUUAAGGAUUUGAAAGGGGAGCUCGCUUCUCUUAGGCUAGGAAAUAAAGGAGGAAGUGACGGUGAUAGUGGCGAUGCUAAAUCAAGCAUUGAUAAAGUCACUUCCAAGAAAAUGAAGAAGAUCUUCACGAGACUAUGGUCAAAUAAAGACAGACAAGGCGAGAAUAGUAGCUCAGAUACAUCUGAAAGCCCUGCUUCCACCAGCGUGGAAGAAACAAAGGAGGCGGUGAAAGUGGCUGCACGAAUGAUUCAAAAUCAAACGACGAAGAAAUUGCAGGUAACAAAGUGAAAAUGGUCUUCUCAAGGCUGUUCUCAAACAAGGAUGGAUCAAGGUGAGAGAUAGCAGCUUAAAUCAGGUGAGAGAUAGCAGCUUGAAUUCAUACGGGAGUCUAGAACAAGACGUAAUCCAUCCAAGUAGUAGGCCGAUUUGUCUCAAAAGUAAGAGGAAGUGUUCGGCAACCAUCAAUCUGUAAGUUUUGUUCCUUAUGAUGAUCCAGAUGAAUUAAAUUGGAGAGAAUGACUUGCUAAUCAUUUUUUGACGCUUCAGAAGCUUAUCGGCACAAGAAAUGCUCGUCAGUUUUAUCCUUGGCACAGUGAAAGAUAGGUUUAGUGUGUUCUAGAGCUGAGUAUCUCAGUACUAGAUUUUUUCCUUACUUUCAUUUCAUUCUGCUGUAGUAUCUGUAAUUUGCCAAAGGAGUUUUUUUAUAGCCAGCCAUUGUCUAUCUUAGCUUUUUUAGAUGUAUUCUCAGCAGUAUGAAAUUUUGAGUUGGGCAUAAAGAUUGCAAAGUUUUGAGUUGGGAAUAAAGAUUGCAGAUGUUGACAAUGA